CAUACAAGCGAAAGAGUAUUUGCAUGUAAACAAAUAAGGGAAAAAGUCACUUGGACACAUCACAAGCCAUGAAAAAUGUCCCUUUUCUCCCCACCUCUGUACCAAACAAUAUGAGCACAAUAUAUUCACAGUUUGUGAACUGCUGGUUGCAGGAAAGAUUAGUGGAGAGGGUGAGCUUGGUCAUCUGAGUGACUGACAAUUCCAAUAACAGGGUCCAACAUGGAAACAGUUCCAAGUGACUUCAAUAAAAGAAUUUACCAGGGAGUCCGAGUAAAACAUACAGUCAAAGACCUUCUUGCAGAAAAAAGAUCUAGACAGACAACUAGUUCAAGGUUAAAUAACAGUACCAAUGCAUCCCAGACUCCAUUUGUCCAAAUGUCAAGUUCUUCACAUGUGUCUGCGUAUUAUGGUGUGAGAAGGCCAUUCCUUACUGAUCCUGAUUGCUAUGCUCCAAAGCAGUACUCAAAUGAAUUUUACCCUUCAUCUCUGGGUUCAAAAUCAUUAGCAUGUGACCCGACCUCUAUCCAAAGUUACCCAGCUAUUCUAGAUCCCUAUUACACUGACUCUAUUGGGGAGUUUCGAGGGGCAACAAUAACAACCGGCACAAGUUCACUGUUUAGCACAUCAUCUCUUCCACCUCUUGUAUCCCACUUCUCUGGUGACCCCGCUCAUUAUUCAAUGAGGGAUUCUUUGGAGCAAACUGUGCCAGACACAAUAAACCAGUUGGAUGUCCUGUGUUCUGACACUCCUCAAACUGUUUCAUCAUCCACAAGUUGUCUGUCACCUGAAUCAGCAAGCACUCACUUCAGAAAUUCAAUUAGGGGAAAUUCUGCGCAAGGGACUCAGUCCUACCCCCUUCAUGCUCUUGAUGACAUGCAUUACUCUUCCAGUUAUCCAGCUACCUGCACAUAUGCUUUCUCCCCAUUCAUGACCAUGGCCAAUGAACUGACCCCAAAGAUGGUUCAUCACCUUUCUUCAGAGGCGCAUUCAGAGAAUGGAUCCCUUCAGGAAAACUCUGCUUGGCCAAAGGAUGAUGCAAACUUGGCAUGGGGGGCUUAUGAACUCAGAAAAAACUACUAAAAAAGACACUUAAACAUUUAGGCUUGCAGCUGAAAAUGUUGAUAAUUAAUUGAUAAUUUAAUUGAUAAUUAUACAUAGCAAAUAAAAAGGAAAAAGACAUAUUUGCA